GAGAUUAUGGAGAGGAUGGAUUGAAAAAUGGACGGUUGGAUGGCUACGAUUUCAUUGUGGUCGGGUCGGGUUCAGCUGGAGCUAUAGUCGCAAGUCGGUUGAGUGAAAUAUCCGAUUGGAAAAUUUUGCUGCUUGAAAACGGUGGAGAUCCACCCUUUGAGUCAGUCGUGCCCGGAUUGGCAGUGAGUUUGCUACAAUCUCCAGCGGAUUAUAAUUUUCGUAUAAACGUAACCAAGGCGUGUCAGUAUGCUUCUGUUCCCGGCCAAUGUUAUCUUCCAAGGGGUAACAUGCUUGGUGGAUCAUCUUCGAUAAACUGGAUGGUUUAUGUACGCGGUGUGGAAGAAGACUUCGAAGAGUGGGCCAGUUUUGGGAAUCCAGACUGGAACUACGAUGGUGUUUUGCCAUUUUUCAAGAAAUCUGAAGGCAAUCAAAACGAAAGUCUAGUUAAUUACGAUGGUGGAAAGUAUCAUAGCGCCACUGGACCGGUGAAAAUCACAUCAAAUACACCUUCGUCGUUUUUUACCGCAAUAACAGAAGCUUAUCGAGAAUCGGGUGUUCCAAUUAUUUCCGAUAUAAAUGCUGAUGAAGGAAUUGGAAUUACACUACUGCAGUCUUCAACAUAUAACGGAACUCGUUAUAGCACAGCCGAAGCUUUUUUGGUUCCGGCUAAAGGUCGCCCUAAUUUGCAUGUUGUUAAACAUGCUCACGUGGAUAGCAUUGUGCUUGAUGAGAAUAAUCGCGCAACAGGAGUUAAAUUUACGUACAAAAGUAGCCGUAAAAUAACGGCAACAACGAAGAAAGAAGUCAUCAUUUCGGGUGGAACGGUUCUGAGUCCAGCCAUUUUAAUGCGAUCCGGCAUUGGACCAAAGAAACAUCUCAAAGAACGAAACAUUCAACCGAGGGUUGACUUGCCUGUUGGUGAUAAUUUUAAAGAUCAUCCGUGUAUCGUAUUGAAAAUCAGUUUGAAUAUCAGUACGACAUCGAUAUCACCAACAUUUGAACUUGACAGCUUGUAUGAAUACGUACAAAAUAAUUCAGGAGCAUUAACAACAUACCCAAUUUUAUCCGGUUGCUUAAAUACGGAGAACAACACAGAUGGUCCACCUGAUCACCAGUUGAUCUUAGCGCUUCUGCCAAAAGGAUCCACAGCAUCGUCCAUUAAAACUCUCAAUACAGUAAUGAAUAUAGAAAAGUGGACAGAUGAAGAGGCAAAGUUUAAUGCACAGUUUGAUGUGUUGAGCAUGAUUAUUACGCUAAUUAAACCGAAAUCAACUGGUACCAUCCGACUUAAUAAUUGUACUUCGUGUCAAGAAGUAUUAAUCGAUUCGCAGUAUUUGAGCGAUCCAGACGACAGAGCAAGAGCAAUAAAAGCGAUACAACAUCAGGUGGCACUGUUAGAGACACAGCCAUUCCAGAAACUUGGUGCAACCCUUCAGCGAAUUCCACUAGAAAAAUGUGAUCAUUUGGAAUUCAAAUCGGCAGCAUAUUGGGACUGCUAUAUUACAUACUUCAGCUUCCCAGGAUCGCAUAUGGUUGGCACAAGCCGCAUGGGAAAUGGCACAAAUGCUGUUGUUGAUUCAAGAUGUAGAGUUCAUAAGACCAAGGGACUGCGACAGAUAGACGCUGGAAUUGUUCCGGAUAGUAUGCGCGCCAAUACAAAUGCUGUGUCAAUGAUGGUAGGCGAAAAGUGUUCGGAAUUAGUGAAAGAAGAUUAUGGCCGGAGCUCAGCCGCUUCCAAUUCAUGA